CCAUACAACGCGUUCAACCAACUUUACACGCCGAGAAUGCGUUAUUUUUGAAAAUUUCAAAGAAAACUCAACGAUUUUUAAAUGAAACCCAAAUUAGAAUGGUUUAUAUAAAAAUUAAAAUGAGAAAGUUUAAGUAAUUAAUUAUAAUAAGUUAAUUAUAAUUUAAAUUUUUUAAAUCGUCAUCGACGUGUGUUUGUGCUGUAGCAAACACGGCGUCACACACAGUGUUAAUAUCGUGACGCAAAUAUAAAACACCGUGUCAGAUAAAUCGAUCGUCGUCGUCGUCGUCGUUGUUGUUGGGCGUGUGUAGCUGUGUGCAACACGUUGGUUGCUCCUCGUCGGUUUUCCCGGUUUUUCAUUUUCAAAAUUAACAUUUUUCGGUUACCUAAAAACGAUAAAAUUAAAUAAAAGUGAUGUUUUUAUUAAAAUAAAUCGUUUUUUACAACUAUUUUUAAAUUGAAAAAAAGUGGGUGUUCUCGAUAAGGAUAAUCACAAUCUACAAGAACCAUUUUUUGUGCGGAAAAAUUAUGCGGUGUUGUGCUGUUUAAUUAUUUAUGAGUGUAAAUUGUUAAAAAUAAUUAAAAUUCACGUUGGCUGUUGUUGAUUCGAACGUCGCCGUUCGAAUACGUUUAUAGCAGGUUAAAUUACCUGUUUUAAGAAAUAUUUCUUUAAACGCAUUCAAACUGUCUUCCGCAACAACGGCUACGUGCGGUGAUCUCUUCAAUAUGGGUUGCACGGUUUCUGCGGAGGAACGUGCAGCGAUCGCUCGGACGAAAAAGAUUAAUCAAGAAAUCAAAGUAGAGAAGGAAAAGAAAACCAAAGAAAUUAAAUUAUUACUUUUAGGGGCAGGAGAAUCGGGAAAAAGUACGAUAGUAAAGCAAAUGAAAAUUAUUCAUGAAAGUGGUUUUACAAGCGAAGACUUCAAACAAUAUCGACCUGUAGUAUAUAGUAACACAAUUCAAUCCCUCGUUGCGAUUUUGAGAGCGAUGCCCAAUUUGGGUAUUUCAUAUGGAAGUAAUGAGCGAGAGAUGGAUGGUAAAAUGGUAUUCGAUGUUAUCCAACGAAUGGAAGAUACCGAACCAUUUUCAGAAGAACUUUUAGCGGCUAUGAAACGAUUAUGGGCCGAUACAGGAGUUCAAGAAUGUUUCGGUCGUUCCAAUGAAUAUCAGCUCAACGAUUCCGCCAAAUACUUCUUAGAUGAUCUCGAUCGAUUAGGCGCUAAGGAUUAUCAACCAACCGAACAAGACAUUCUACGUACUCGCGUUAAAACCACCGGAAUAGUAGAAGUUCAUUUUUCAUUUAAAAAUCUUAAUUUCAAAUUAUUCGAUGUUGGUGGUCAAAGAUCAGAACGAAAAAAAUGGAUUCAUUGCUUCGAAGACGUAACAGCGAUAAUCUUUUGUGUUGCAAUGAGCGAAUACGACCAGGUUUUGCACGAAGAUGAAACGACGAAUCGCAUGCAAGAAAGUUUAAAACUGUUCGAUUCGAUCUGUAAUAACAAGUGGUUUACGGAUACGUCGAUAAUUUUAUUUUUGAAUAAAAAGGAUCUUUUUGAGGAGAAAAUUCGGAGGUCACCAUUAACGAUAUGCUUCCCGGAAUAUGCCGGUGCCCAAGAAUACGGAGAAGCUGCAGCUUAUAUUCAGGCGCAAUUUGAAGCGAAAAACAAAUCAACAACCAAAGAAAUCUACUGCCAUAUGACAUGUGCGACGGACACACACAAUAUACAGUUCGUUUUCGACGCGGUAACCGAUGUUAUCAUAGCAAACAAUUUAAGAAACUGCGGUCUUUACUAAAAAAAUAAUAAUAACUAAGAUAAAUAAAAAAAGCAUGGAUGGAACGGGAACGAAACGGGCACCGUUUUUAUUUUUUUCGUUCGUUUCGAUCGCGAUUUAAAAAAAUAAUAAUAAAUUCACGGACAACAGCAAAUUAUAUCUUAUACAUACAUUAUAUAUAUUAUAUAUACAUACAAAAAUAUAUAUACACACACGUAAACACACUUUCACAGUUCUGCUAGAAUACAUCAUUUUCAAAAAGGAAAAACUCAACUAAAAAAAGAAUUAAAUAAAGUUGGAAAUUUUCUUAAUACAAGCAGAACAUAAAAACUGGAUCUUCAGCGAAAACUUUUUAAAGCAAAAUAAUUAAUCAUGACUAAUUAGCGAUAGAAGGAAGAAAGAAAAUAAUGUGUCUGUAUAUUUUCGUGAAUCAUUCUCUCAUAUAACCAGGUAAAUUAUAUUGUAUUAUUAAAUAGUUAAGCGAUGCGAAUCGCAGCUCGAUAAACAAUAAACGAGAGGAGCAAAAAUUCUUGAUAAAAAGGUGAAAAACAAUAAUAAUCACUCAAAAAAUUCUAUUUGCACAAAUUAUCCAAGUCAUUAUUAUUUUUUUUUUAAUUUUGUCAUUCUAAUUAAAAUUUUAAAAAAGAAAAUUAAUGAAAUAUAGGGUGUUUUUGAAUUAUCUUAGAUUUAUUUGAUUCUAGCAUAUUCCAAAAGAUGGAGUUGUAAAAUUUUCUUUAAAUUUAAUUGGAAAACACUCUGUAUUAUCUAUAAAUUAUCGAUGUGUAUUAUAAAUAACAAUUUUACCAAAGUUUUUUUAUUAAUUAAAAGACUAUUAGUGUUCUUUUACGUUCAAGCGCCGAAAAGUUAUCAUAAAAAAAAAUUAUUAUCGAUUUAAAUGGAGUCAAAAAUUGUGCUUUUCUGUGCUAAGACAAAAAAAUGUUUUUUCGUAAGGUUGGUGUUAGUGGAAUCAUAAUCCUUUUUGAGAUGGGGAGAAAGAGUUUUUUAAUCGAUACAAUGUUAAUAAAUUUUGCAAAAAAGUUUUAUUACAAAAAAGAUUACGCACAUAAAUGAAAUAAUAUAAUAAAUAAA